AGAAUUACAAAAAAAAAAAUAUCUGCACAUCUUCUCAUAUCUGCACAUCUUCCCCUGUCAACACAGCUCUGUUUCAUUCGCUGACUUCUGACCUUGAUGAGGUCAUCAUGGCAGUAAACAGGAUUGAACUUCAUCUAGUGUUUGGUGACAUCACUAAUGAGACGACUGAUGCCAUCGUGAACAGCACAAACUUUAUAGACUUCCAGAAAAAUGGAGUGUGUAAGGACAUCCUCACUAAAGCUGGACCUCAUGUUCAGGGUCAGCUGACAGGAGCUCAGACCGCAAGUGGGCAGAUCUUUACAACCUCAGCAGGAAGCUUCCCUUGUAAGACCAUCAUGCAUGUUUGUGGAGAGAGAAGCCCCAGCGUCAUCAAGACCUUAGCAAAAGAAAUAGUGGUUCAGUGUGAGCGCAGCCGUUACCAGUCUGUGGCCAUUCCUGCCAUCUGUGCUGGACAAGGAGGUUUGGAUCCAAAUGUGGUGGCCAAUUCCAUUCUAGAGGGAGUGAAGGAGGGUGUUCAAGGAGCGAAUCUUCAAUAUCUCCGAAAUAUUCGCAUCAUUCUGCUGAAGAUAAAUGUUUUCUUGGCAUUCAAAGCAGUGGCACAGCAAGUCUUUGGAGGGAAUGCCCAGUUGACAGCGCCUGCUCCUCUUGUACCUAUCAGCGUACCCACCAGAGGGCGCAGUGGAUCAGCAAUAUCAACCAGAUCACGAGCAGUUUCUUUACCAACUACAUAUGACUUCAGGUCUCUGUUGACAUCUUUGCCAGUAACAGAGGACAAAGCAGCAUUCCUGGUGAUUGGUGACCGUGAUAAAGACGUGUCUGAUGCCUGUAGAGAGCUUCAGCGGGCGUACGACAGUCAGUGUUUAACACAGUCAUUCCACUCUGAUGAGAUUGAGCAUCUUACUAAGGAUGAGCUGGACAAGCUGCGCUCUAAAGUAGAUUCACUGCACCUUAAGCUAGAAACCAACAGCUCUGGAGAAUGGGUGGUAAAAGGGCUGAAAGAUGGAGUGAAUGAAGUGGCAAGACUGAUAUGGCGUGAUGCACUUCGCAGACAGGUAAGAGAGAAGGAACAGGAUAACCUCUUCACUCAAGUGACGUGGUGCAUUUUGGGACUCCGAGGCAUUUGGCAGAAGGUUUCAGUAGAGGCCAAUCAUAAACUUGAGAGAGCUGAUGUAAAUGAUGGGAUUGUGGACGCACAAGGUGUGAAAUGGACUGUGGAUUUAAAGAAAAUGGAGGCCACAGCAUGUGUUUCAGGACAGGUGACAGCUCUCAAACGCCUGGAGAACCUUCCAGAUUUCUCUUUGCCCAUCUACUGGGACAACAUGAGACAAGACGAGCAUUUAAAAUUGGUUGAUUUGGAUCCGCAAUCAACAGAGUACCAGACAGUGAAGGCAGAUUUCAAGAAGACCGUCAAACAGACUGUGCUCAAGAUCGAGCGCAUCCAGAACAUCAAUCUUCGGCGGUUAUAUGAGGCACGAAAAUCAGAGCUAGAGACCAAAAAUAGUCAAACAGUGGGAGCAGGAGAGAAAAUCCUUUAUCACGGCUCAUCACAGGCAUCCUGCUCAUCCAUCAUGAGCACAAACUUCGACCGCAGUUUGGCUGGGCAAAAUGCCACUGCCUACGGUCAUGGGACGUACUUUGCAGUGAACGCCAGCUACUCUGCUCAGGCGACCUAUGCAGUUCCAGCAGCAGACGGGACUCAGCUGAUGUUUGUGGCUCGUGUGCUUACGGGUCAUUAUACUCAGGGUCUUGGGAGCAUGAAGAAACCCCCUGUCCGUGUUGCUCCAGACCAGCUCUAUGACAGUGUGGUAGAUAACACCCAGGAUCCCACAAUGUUUGUAGUUUUUCACGACUGCCAGGCUUAUCCAGACUACCUCAUUACAUUCAAGUGAACUUCAACAAAAAUCAGCCUUAGCGUCAACACUGGAUGGUUUAUAAGUAUGAGUUACCCAGCAGGCACAGAUUGUCAACAUAUCGUCAGAUUGACAUUGUGCCCCAACAUUGUGGGAUGUUGCAUUGUGUUUGGAAAUUAAAAUCCGAUUGGCGUCAGAACCCAACGUCAGGCUGACGUCAAUGUCCUGUGUUGAACAGACGUUGCAAUUUGGUUACUUUCCAACGUAAUUAAAAACAACAACAAAAUAUCUACAUCUGAUGAUGUUACAGCUUGACGUUGUGUGGACAUUACCACUAUGACAUCUAUCAGACGUUGGAUUUUGUUUGUCAUACUUGACGAAUAAACGUCAGUAUUUGACGUCAACAUGACGUUGGCUUACGCUGUUGGCUUGACACUGGAUUUUGGUCACUUUUCAACACAACCUAAAAUCUAUCAAAUCUCAGUGUCAUUUCACACUAUUAUUGAACGUCAAAAUAACGUUGUCAUUAGACGCUGAUGACCUAAAUCUAACCGAAUAUUAACAUAUAAUGACGUUGUGUGU